GCUUUCUUAGGUGCCAUAGGCUUUUGGAGAAUGCACGUUCCCGAGUACAGUCAGAUUGUGAGCCCUCUUUACCUGGUCACCCGGAAGAAGAACAAUUUCCACUGGGGCCCUGAGCAGCAACAAGCCUUUGUCCAGAUCAAGCAGGAGAUUGCUCAUGCAGUAGCCCUUGGCCCGGUCAGGACAGGACCAGAGGUGAGAAACAUGCUCUACUCUGCAGCCGGGAACCAUGGUCUGUCUUGGAGUCUUUGGCAGAAGGUGCCUGGGGAGACUCGGGGUCGACCACUGGGAUUUUGGAGUCGAAGCUACAGAGGGUCUGAAUCUAACUACACUCCAAUAGAGAAAGAGAUCUUGGCUGCCUAUGAAGGAGUCCAAGCUGCCUCAGAAGUGAUUGGUAUAGAAGCACAACUCCUCCUGGCACCCCGACUACCGGUGCUGGGAUGGAUGUUCAAAGGGAAGGUUCCUUCCACCCACCAUGCCACCAGUGCUACAUGGAGCAAGUGGAUUGCUCUUAUCACACAGCGCGCCCGUAUAGGUAAACUGAAUCGCCCUGGGAUUUUGGAGGUAAUUACAAAUUGGCCCGAAGGUGAAAGUUUUGGUGUCACAGACGAAGAACAAGAACCAGUGACACGGGCUGAAGAAGCUCCACCAUAUAACCAACUGCCCCCAGAGGAAACACGCUAUGCUCUUUUCACUGAUGGGUCCUGUCGCAUCGUUGGAAUGAAUCGGAAGUGGAAAGCAGCCGUAUGGAGCCCCACACGACAGGUUGCACAAGCUAUCGAAGGAGAAGGUGGAUCGAGCCAAUUUGCGGAACUCAAAGCUAUACAGCUGGCCCUGGACAUUGCUGAAAGAGAGAAGUGGCCAAAGCUCUACCUCUACACUGACUCAUGGAUGGUAGCCAAUGCUCUGUGGGGUUGGCUGGAAAGGUGGAAAAAGACUAAUUGGCAGCGUAGAGGGAAACCAAUUUGGGCUGCUGAAGAGUGGAAAGACAUCGCUACCAGGGUAGGGAGGCUACCUGUGAAGGUCCGCCAUGUGGAUGCCCAUGUCCCCAAGAGCAGAGCGAAUGAGGAGCACCAAAACAAUGAGCAGGUAGACCAGGCUUCAAAGAUAGGAGUGUCCAAGAUAGAUCUAGAUUGGGAACAUAAGGGAGAGUUAUUCCUAGCUCGAUGGGCCCAUGAUGCCUCAGGUCAUCAGGGUAGAGAUGCCACCUAUAAGUGGGCACGAGACCGAGGGGUGGAUUUAACCAUGGACAGUAUUUCACAGAUCAUCCAUGACUGUGAGACGUGUGCUGCCAUCAAACAGGCCAAGCGAGUGAAGCCCCUGUGGUAUGGUGGGCGGUGGUCCAAGUAUAAGUAUGGAGAGGCCUGGCAGAUUGACUACAUCACACUGCCCCAGACACGCCAAGGCAAGCGCUACGUGCUGACCAUGGUAGAAGCCACUACAGGAUGGUUGGAAACCUACCCUGUGUCUCAUGCUACAGCCCGUAACACCAUCCUGGGCCUUGAAAAGCAGGUCCUUUGGAGGCAUGGUACCCCUGAGAGGAUUGAGUCAGACAACGGGACUCAUUUCAAGAACAGCCUUGUCAACACCUGGGCCAGAGAACAUGGCAUUGAGUGGGUGUACCAUAUCCCCUACCAUGCACCAGCUGCAGGCAAAGUGGAGAGGUACAAUGGACUGUUAAAAACCCAGUUGAAAGCCUUGGGUGGGGGAUCUUUCAAAAAUUGGGAGCAGCAUUUAGCAAAGGCCACCUGGUUAGUUAACACCCGAGGUUCCACCAACCGAGCAGGUCCUGCCCAAUCCGAGUCCCUGAAUAUAACAGAUGGAGAUAAAGUCCCGGUGGUACAUGUCAGGGGUUUGUUAGGGAAGACCGUGUGGAUCAAUCCUGCCUCAAGUACAGACAAACCCAUUCGUGGGGUUGUCUUCGCUCAGGGACCAGGUUGCACAUGGUGGAUAAUGCAGAGAGAUGGAACAACACGAUGUGUACCUCAGGGAGAUCUGAUUGUGGGGUGAGAAUGAUAUGCAAAUAUUACUGUUUGUUGGAUGUUACUGCCAUUGUCUGUACAUUAAACCAUACAGACAUGAGAUAGAAAGAAAUGUGUAAGUGUGAAAGGUCUGAGCAAGUGAAAGAUGGAGAAGGAAAUGGGUAGGUGUUGAAGGUUUGAGCAAGUGAAAGAUGGAGUUUUGAGUGAGUAAAAUGAAAGUGGGGAAUCCUGCAGCUCUGUGGUAUGGGGCCUGGAUUCAGUGGUCCGGUGUGGGGAUGCGAUGAGGGCAUGAUGGGUAUAGCUUGUAAUUUUUGGGGGUAAUGGAUGAAAGUUUUACUUGAAUAAAAUGCAUGAUGUGUGGUAUGUUGAUGAUAUGGGGAUAAGGGGUGGAAUGUCCUAGGGUGACGUUAUGAUGCUUGUAUCCCCAUUUGUGUGUUCUGUUUAUGCUGGAUAUUAUGUUCUGUGCCUUCAAGACUGGCUCUGAAGAGUGAAUGUUUUGUUUUGGGUUUUGUUAUCAG